AUGAAGAGGGGCACAGCUGAAGCCACCGGCAGUUCACGCACCGAACCAAGGUCGGAUGUGCAGUCUCCUUCUGCAGCGAAGAAGCCGAAGACCAGUCUCCUACAUAUGCUAAUGCAUGAAGACCAUUUUAUAGAGGGCAUUCUGUCUAACAGUCGGAAAACAUUUAGCAAAAUGCAACCAACUCCAGGGGCUAGCACUGCCAACAGGAAAAAGGGAACAGUGGUUACUUCGCAGCCGACAAAUUUGAAAGGCACUGCGAAGCCAUACCAGCUAGAAGGUCUGCGUUGGCUGGUGGGUUUGUACGACCGAAACAUGAACGGUAUUCUGGCGGAUGAGAUGGGGUUGGGCAAAACGUUUCAAACCAUCAGUCUCAUGGCGUACUUGAAGGAAAGCCGAGGCAUAAAUGGGUUGCACCUCGUUUUAGCGCCGAAGUCUACAAUUGGAAACUGGAUCAAUGAAAUCAAUCGCUUUUGUCCUGACCUAAGGGCGCUGAAAUUUAUUGGUAAUAAGGAAGAGCGUAGCCAAAUGAUGAUGAAUGAACUUGAUCCCCGUAAAUACGAUGUCAUUGUCACAUCGUACGAGACUUGUUGCAAAACUAAAUCAGCAUUAUGUAAGCUUCACUUUCACUACAUCUUUAUCGACGAGGCACAUCGCAUUAAAAAUGAGGAGUCUAAGCUAAGUGAGGUAGUUCGUCUCUUCCAAACGGAAUACCGGUUGCUCAUCACGGGUACGCCGCUGCAGAACAACCUCAAGGAGUUAUGGGCGCUCCUCAAUUUCUUAUUCCCCGAGGUCUUUUCGUCGGCGGAGGAGUUUGAGAUGGAAUUUGACCUAGUUGGCCCAAAGGAGCUAUCCCAGGAAGAGCGCGAAGCGCGCAACCUUACCAUAAUUGCGCGCCUUCACGAAAUAUUGCGACCAUUCAUGCUACGUCGAUCUAAGAAGGAUGUGCUGACUGAUAUGCCGCCGAAAAACGAGCUGCUCCUCAUGAUUCCCCUGAGCGCCAUGCAAAAGCGGUUGUACAAGGAAUUGCUGCGCAAAAACGUUCCAGAGCUAGGAGCGGAGGACAACCACGGGUCAGCAGUCAAGGUGCAACUAUUAAACUUGGCCAUGCAGCUACGUAAGGCGUGCAAUCAUCCAUAUCUUUUCGAGGGAUGGGAGGAUCGUGAAGCGGACCCAUUCGGAGAGCACCUGGUGGAGAACGCGGGUAAGCUUAAUGUGGUUGACAAAUUGCUGAGCCGGCUUUUAAAGGCCAAUUCACGCGUGUUAAUAUUCUCACUAAUGGCUCGUAUGUUGGAUAUUUUAGAAGAUUAUUGUCGUAUGCGCGGCUACCAGUAUUUUCGUAUCGACGGGAACACUUCUGGUGAAGAUCGUGACAAUCAAAUUUCUUCAUUCAAUGAUCCUAAUAGUGAAGUGAGCAUUUUCCUGCUGUCAACCCGCGCGGGAGGCCUAGGAAUCAACCUUGCCACGGCAGAUGUGGUAAUUUUGUACGACAGUGAUUGGAAUCCUCAAGUAGACCUGCAGGCGAUAGACCGAGCGCACCGCAUCGGCCAGAUGAAGCCUGUACAUGUCUAUCGUUUGGUUCAUGAGUAUACCAUUGAGGAAAAGGUUAUUGAACGAGCUACCAUCAAGUUGCAGUUGGAUUCUGCAGUUAUCCAAAGUGGCAGGCUGGGUCAGAAGGAGCUGCUGGAGAUGGUACAAUUCGGAGCUGGACACAUUUUCAAGGCAGGAGACGAAGACAUAACUGAAGCCGACCUUGACGCAAUUUUAAGCAAGGGACAAGAGCGCGCCAAUAUGCUCAACGACAAGUUGAAAGCACACACCAGGAAGGCGUUGCUUGACUUUUCCACUAAUCCCUCCACGCAGCAACUCUACGAGUACGAUGUUCCAGAGGGUGAGAUGCAGAAACUAGAUCAACAGGCGUGGGAUGAGCUGACGGCUCUGCGUUUUCAGGAUGAGAGUGGAAGCGAAGGUGAUGCUCGCCGUCGUAUGCGCAUUACAACGGCUCGAAUGACUGAGCCUGACGGCAGACUUGCAGCUAAGUACACGAGGAAUAUGCUCAUCCAGGUAAUUUUGCGCAAAACCCUUACAUCUGUGAAUCAGGACUGGCAAUUCUUCAACAAAGCUGAGCUGACGAAGCUUGACCAGCUUGAGCAAGAACUGGGAGACUUGGACGAUGAACAGCGCAUCAAGCGUGACCGGCUGCUUUCACAAGGUUUCGGCGAAUGGACUAAAAAAAAUUUCAGUGCAUUUAUAAAAGCUAAUGCGCAAUACAGCCGCUAUGACAUUGAUGCCAUUACUUCAUGCAUCAAGGGGAAAAGCCGCGAUGAAGUUGAGAGAUACGUCAAGGUGUUCUGGAAGCGGUAUACAGAUAUCCCUGAGUGGGAGAAGUACAUAAAGCGUAUAGAGCUGGGUGAAGAUAUACUUUUGAAGAGAAAUCAACUGCAUCAGGCACGUCACGUUUUCAGUGAUUCUCAUCGCGCUCAGAUGGUGCUAACCAAACAACGAUUAUUGGCAAAUCCAUGGGUUGGUACCGAUGCGCUUUUUGCUGCGCACCGCGGUAAAUGCCCUUUUACCGAAGACGAAGACCGAUGGAUGGUGAAUAUCAUUGCGCUACUAGGUUACGACAUGUGGGACGAUCUGUCUGAGCUUUCCAGAUUGGAUCCUCGCUGGCAGUUUAACACUUUUCUCCGCACCCGACUACCGAGCGAGUUCGCAAAGCGCGCCGACUAUAUCAUAAAGCACAUUGCUAAAGAGGUAGGAAUCUCUAGCUAUAUCUACAUUCAACUGCGCCGCCGAGCGAAAAACCAAGCACCAGAAACAGUAUUAUGA